GCGGGCCGCGCGUGCGCAGUGAGAGCCGGGAGGGGGAGGGAGCGGCGGCGGCUGAGGAGCCGGGCGGAGCGUGAGGAACCGGGUGUGCGGGCACCGAGCGGGAGCUGCCGCCCGCCCUGCCGGUACCGCGGCGAUACGGUGUGAGCCCGGGUAACCACGGGAGCUGAGAACAUCGCCCUGCCGGCCUGCAGCUCCCCCUGCCGCCAUGGCUGGAGGCAUCACGGACACGGGGGAGCUCUACUCGCCCUAUGUUGGUCUGGUUUACAUGUUCAACCUCAUCGUCGGGACAGGAGCCCUAACCAUGCCAAAGGCAUUUGCAACUGCAGGGUGGCUCGUCAGCCUCGUUCUCCUGAUGUUCCUGGGCUUUAUGAGCUACAUGACUACUACUUUCGUGGUGGAAGCCAUGGCUGCUGCAAAUGCCCAGCUGCGAUGGAAGAGAAUGGAGAAGCGCAAGGAGGAUGAUGAGGAUGAGGAUUCUUCUUCUGGGGUGUCUGACAGUGAUGUUCUCCUCCGAGAUGGCUAUGAGCGAGCAGAGACGCGGCCUAUCCUGUCAGUUCAGAGACGCGGAUCACCAAAUAUCUUUGAAAUUACAGAAAGAGUGGAGAUGGGCCAGAUGGCUUCCAUGUUCUUCAAUAAAGUGGGUGUCAACCUCUUCUAUUUCUGCAUAAUUAUCUACCUCUAUGGGGACCUGGCAAUCUAUGCAGCGGCUGUUCCGGUCUCUCUCAUGCAGGUGACCUGCAGUGCCAUUGGCAACCAUUCUUGCAAUGUUGGAGAUGGCACAAAGUACAAUGAUACAGACAAGUGCUGGGGGCCAAUUCGAAGGAUUGAUGCCUACAGACUGUAUCUGGCAGCAUUCACGCUUCUCUUGGGUCCUUUUACCUUCUUCAAUGUGCAGAAGACCAAGUAUCUUCAGAUCGUGACGUCUCUGAUGAGAUGGAUAGCUUUCAUCCUCAUGAUAAUUCUGGCCCUCAUCCGCAUCAGCAGAGGCCAAGCAGAAGGUCACCCGUCCAUGGCCCAGCUGUCGGGCAUCCGCAACCUCUUUGGGGUGUGCGUCUACUCCUUCAUGUGCCAGCACUCCCUGCCAUCCCUCAUCACACCCAUCUCGAAGAAGAGGCAUGUCACCAAGCUCGUGCUGCUCGAUUACAUCCUGAUCCUGGCGUUCUACAGCCUCCUGUCCUUCACGGCCAUUUACUGCUUUCGCAACGACACCCUCAUGGACAUGUACACGCUCAACUUCACCAACUGUGAGAUCAUCAACGUUGCCUUCAUUCGCUACUUCUUGGGCCUCUUCCCAGUCUUCACCAUCAGCACCAACUUCCCCAUCAUCGCGGUGACCCUGCGCAACAACUGGAAGACCCUUUUCCACAGAGAAGGGGGCACCUACCCCUGGCUGGUGGACAGGAUUGUCUUUCCUGCCAUCACGCUGGUCCCCCCGGUGCUGGUGGCGUUCUGCACCCACGAUCUGGAGUCCUUGGUGGGGAUCACAGGAGCCUAUGCUGGGAACGGGAUCCAGUACCUCAUCCCAGCUUUCCUGGCGUACUGCAGCCGCAAGGACACCCAGCUGGUCUUCGGCAGCGGGACGGUUAACAAGCACCUCUCCCCAUUCCGACACACCUUCUGGAUAGUGUUUGUACUCAUAUGGGGCUUUUCUUGUUUUGUGUUUGUGACUGCAAACAUUGUCCUCAGUGAGUCUAAACUGUGAUGGGGUGUAGGCGUUGUGCUCCCCGUGGGGCUCCGGGGACUUCCACCCUCACCAGGACUUUGGGGGGAAAGAGGCGAUGUGAAGGGAAGCCCCCGGGCCAUUGGCGUGGUGGUGCCGGUUGGACCUGGACACAGACUUUCUUCACUCCAGGCUGAGUGUGGAUGGAGUGGGCUCAGCCUCAUCAUCCUGGUUCUCAGACCCACUAUCCAGGCAGCCUGCACGCCAUACCCAUGUCCAGCCAUUUCUGCCUUCAGCUCUGUUUGAGCAUCGCUCUGUUCUUACAGACUCUCUUCUGAUGCUGCAGGUUUCAGUACAGGGAGAGCAGGCGGCCUUGGCUGCUCACUACAGUAAUCAGCUCCAUGUUCCUUCUCCCCUGUUAGGGACUCACUGUGUGCAGAGUCCAGCAGGGGUUUGGGGGCAGGGAGUCUCCUCUGUCUGCUGAGACCCCUCCCAGCCAACCUCCUGUGCCUGGGCAGGGGAGAAUGGAGAGUCUGGUUUGAAAACAGCCCUGGCUCCGAAGGCUCUGUGCUCUUCUUUCCAGAGCCAUCAACCUGUUUGUGCUCUGGGGAAGGAUUGCCUGCUCAUCAGAGCUGAAUUUCUCCAGGCCAGGAGUUCACUUUCACACUUCUCAUCCUGUUGGCCUUCGCUCUGGCAGCCCCAACCCCAUGGAGGAGCACAGGGAUGUUGCUCUUCCUGCUGGGAAGGAGCUGCAGCCUUGCUUCCUUUGCCUCCUGCAUGCUGCUCGGUGACUUCAGCUGGCAGAGCCCUUUUCCAUAUUGUACAGGGCUGGUACGACAGGCCAGACCCCAGUCACAGUGGUCGGGGUUUGUGUGGGCUGGGAAGUGCUAAUUACCCAGUCCUGACACGCGUUAGGCCUGCAAGAGCUCUGGCUGUGCAGGCUGAUGCAUUUCCAGCCUCCUGUGCUGGGUAAUUAGCCUUGAAACAAGGUGGGUGUUAACUCAAGGGAAUGGGCUGGUGCCAGCAGGAAGAGGCCGUGCCAUGGCUCAGCUGUGCUGCCUCUGUGCAGGAGCUGGGCUCCCUUCAUUGCAGGGCACAGAGCACUGGAACUGCUCCUGAAUCUCCGUGCUCUGCACAGCUGUGAGGGGACAUUCUGCAGGUCCUGCUGGGCUGAUCUGAGCUGUCGGCCUCCUGGGCGCUUCCCUGCAUGCGUUGGGCUGCUUGCUGCGUUAGGCAGCCCGUGCUGCAGGCAGCAGUUGCUGCUCCUGAGGCGCCUGUUGGUCACCAACACCGCACAGCAACAAACAUCGUGUGGGUUUUGUAACAAAAGCAACAACUUGAAAAGUUUUCACUUGAAAUGUUUGAAACCUUUCCUCCCCCUGCCCGCAUUAGCCAGGUUCAAAGCCAGGUGUGUGUCACUUCUGUUAUCUCCUCUUGCCCUCUGCACUUGCUGCAGUAUUAAGUGUUACUGUAAGCUAAAGCAAGCUUUGAACUGCAGCUCUUUUUAAUCAAGCUCCGUUUUCAAGUAGGACUUUCUCGUUUCCAUAUGACCUGAAGUGCUCCUCCGGGGAGACUGCAAGUACCUGGAGCUGAAUAAAAACACUCGAUGGUUUCUAAAGCAAAGUCCUCCACCUCUGCAGCCUGAGCGCUGUGCCUGCAUCCCUGCCAGGCUAUGGGGGAGGAUGCAAGGGGUCUGUUUCCCUCAGCAGGCACUGGCAGCCCUUGCUAGUGAAUUGAAGCAUCCCCAAGUGCUCCAGGGAAGCUGAUGUGGCAUCUUUGGUGCCAGAUGAGCAAGUUGCUUUGCAGGUGGCUGGUGUUUCAUUUAGGAAGAGUGGCAGUUUGGAGAGUAAACUCAGUGGGCCUUUGAGCUGGGGGUGUUCUGUGCGGUGUGGGGCAGACACUGCUCCCUCCUCUGUAUGGGGAGUGGAUGGCAGGUGCUGUGCUGGGGCACACGGGGCCAUCCUGUCCUCAUGCAGCAGCUGUGAGCCGGGCAGAGCCAAAGGAGGAACUUGAUGCUAAUGAAAGCAGCCUUCAGAAGGCUAUAAGGGCUCGGGCUGCUCCUCUGGAGUGCACAGGUGUGGCUCUAUGGAGGAGGCCAAUGUAUUUCCUAUUGCACCGCCUGCCCUCAGAUAUCCCCCCUGCUUCUGCAAGGCGUCCAGCUCAGCCUCACCCCUUCAAGUGCUGAUUUGAAUUUCUUGCCCCCAUAUUUCACUGCCUGCCAGAGAACAGGAGCAUCAUCCGAUGAUGUUACUUUGCUCCCAUGUGUUUCCCUUCCCCCCUCAGGGCUGCCCUCCCACUGGCUGGAUGCUGCCCAGCCCCUCCAGGCACAGCAUCCUUGGUGCGUUUCCCCUCCUGCCCCCUGGGAUAACCACUGUCUGUGCCAAAGCACAGCUGCAACUGGGCCCCACUGUGAGCCCCACCUCUUCCAAGGGCCGGGCUGUCUCAUUUGCUGGUCUCACCCAUGAAGCUGUGCCUUCUCUUCCCUGGUGUGUGGCUCUCCCUGGGCACGCUGUGGGCAGGGGCUGCUGGGCCCGGUGGCAGACUGUGCUGUGGGAACACAGACAAUGUGAAGAGCUGCAGCCCCCAAGGAGUGCAGGAGCCUUCAGAAAUAAAUCACCCCAAUUCCUGGACUCCUGCUGUCCUCAACAAACCUGUCCGAAGGAUUGGAGCGGUUUAAGGGAAGGAAACUCCGCGGUGGUGAGAGCGUUUGUCAUACAAAACACUACAUAGCGAUGCCUUAAAACUGAUGGGCAGGGGUGCUGAGCAGAGCGGGGUGCUGUGGGCUGUCAGCCCCCUCCACACCGAGCGGAUCCAUCAGCAUUGGGCUGUCACCCAUGUCAUUAGCUCAUUAGCAGGGGUUCUCACGUGGUGCUUGUCCUGAAUGCAGCCAGUUCUCAAUAAAAAGGGAUUCAGACCAACAACCUGCACGCGGCUGUUCUGCCUGCCCUCCUCCCCAUCACACACUCUGCAUCCUGCAGGGACUGCAGGCGGAUGGGGCAGGGGCCCUCGGUGCUGCUGCUCCGUCAGCUGCUGCCUGCGAGCUCCAUUAACACAGCUGCACUUUCCCCUUCUCAAUUAUACCUCCUCACACUUAAAACCAAACAAAUUGAAUUGCUCCGCUGCCUCGGGCUGCAAAAGCAGUUUCUGCCAACAAAUUUAUUAUCGCCGUAAAGCGCGGCUUGAUUUAUGUUAAAAUAUUAAAACAGACCUUUAUGAUGGAAAUAAA